ACAGACGCAGCAGCUUACAGCAGCUCUCCCUAUUUGUGCCUUCUUGUAUGUUUAUUGUGCUUAUUGUACAUUGUACGUGCGUCUACCUGCACAACUGGACGUUACAGUCGUCUGGAGUUAUCGGACAUCGGUUUCCAAACGAAGAUGACCAUCUCCAUCGCACACUCAACAUUCCGGACAGGAUAGCGAGACCAGCGGGAUCUCCGUGGAUUGUUGUCGGAUCAAACAGGCGAUGCAGAUGGCAAAGAGAGAAGAAGCAAAAGCGAGGCUGCAGGGCUGGACUACUGGCUAGGCUAAGGAAGCAGCCACUCAGACCUCCACUGCCGAGCCUCUACCUUACAAACGACAGAUCCAUGGUACACAAGAGGGACGAUUUGGAUAUACAGCUGGCUGGAAAUCAUUAUGUUCAGGACUGCUGGGUGCUUAUCAUUACCGAGACUUGGCUAUGUACACAAAUCCCGGAUGCCACGGUGCAGCUAGAGGCCGCAUGCUACACAGAUGGGACAGGAACAGUGACUCCGGGAAGAACAGAGGAGGGGGGCUCUGCAUCUAAAUGCACAAAGGUUGGUGUAACAACAGCACUGUUGUGGACACUGCUCUCCUGACCUCAUGACGGUGAGGUGCAGACCUUUUUGCACAGCAAACACAGCUCUCUCUCUGCUGCUAAAUGCCAUCACUUCUCACCAGCGCACCCACCCUAAUGAUGCUGUUGUGAAAACAAUUGGGAAGCAACCAGAUGUCACUCAAAUAUGCACCAAUGGAGCACAGACUAUCAUCACACUGAUAGUUUGUACGAUCAGAACUCAGAGAAGCAGAGGAGAAAAUUGUAGUCUGCUGUAUGAAUAUGCACGAGGCUUUGAGAACAAAUGUGACUCCAGGUUCACACUGAUGAAAGAAAAUCAGACUGUGUUUCUCCACCUGAUCAAUUUAACAUCACAGGACAGUGGGAGCUACACCUGUCAGUGUACAACUAUUGAUGGAACAAAAAUUCUCCAUCUUAAUGUCACUGUGGAUGGUAAACAAGAACUAAGCAGCAGGUCUGGAACAGAAACAGUUCCUCUUACACUGAUUUGUGUAACUGUGUUCAUCAUUGUGAGUUUAGUUAUCUUUGGAUUUAUUCACGCACGACUGCGCCAGAGUUGCUGUUCAAGGUCAGAAAUAUCUGGACUAUCAGUGAAUGAGAAUCACGGGUCUUUGGAUGAAGAUGUCCAAGAUGAUUCUUACACAAACCUUCAGCAUCCAACAAAUGAUGUCUACCAAACUAUCACCUCAGAUCACCCUCAGCAUCACAUCACUACAAAUUAAGAAUAUUAAGUGUCUGUUGUUGUGAUUAUUCAGCCAGAAGAACAGAAGCUGUCAGAAGCUGACAACGUUUAAACAUUUUGAAACAUGUAAAACUGCACAUGUACACAUGAGUAAUAUUGGUCUGAUAUAAAUAUUUUUGGAUUAUCAUUAUGACAAGACACCUCAUUUACUCUGGACACAUGUUUUAUAAUAACUGAGGUCAUUCAGUCUUAACACUCCAACUCUGUGAAACAGGUUCACAGAUGCGUCCUUUUGCAAAUACAAACUAACUGUGUCAAUAUGAAUCCUUGUGUUUUUGAAAGUUUAUGAAAACUAACAUUUCACCAUCGUCCGCUCUUAAUUCCAGACAUGAGUUUGUUUCUAAACUAAAACUAAACAGUUAAAGACAGAGAAAAACUCUUCCUGGGUUUUUCUUCUGUAUUCAUGUGUUUACUCACUAUUUUAACCUUUAAGGCAUACAAACAUAUGAGAAUUUGAGGUGUAAAUUACUGAGGGGUGCAGGUCUUUUUUUCUAUAAGUAGUUCUACAUGAUACUCACAGACACAGUUACUUCCUGAUCAGUAUGGUCAUACAGAAACUCUGCUGUGCUGCUUCUGAAUCUACUUCUGUUUAAGCUGUGAAGAUAAUAUCUAUAUAUUAAAUUUUGAGUUAGUAAAUUUCAACAAACAUGGCAGUUAAAUGUGUGACACGCCCACUGAGAUGAAAAUGAGUAUGUUUAGUUUUUGUGUGUGAUUCUGCUCAGUGUUUUACUUUUAAAGGGCCUUUAACUUAAAGCAGAAGUGAUCAUCCAUAUACUUCCUUUGCAGAAGCAUCCUACCAGCAUGAAACGCUGUGAGAGAUAUAAGAGUUUUAUGUAACUCCUUGAGUUUGCUUAGUGAUUUACUUUGAGAGAGUUUUAAUAUGAGAGCAGAAGCGGCCACGUGUUUAUAGAAGCAUUCUGACAAAGAUGGACCUCUGUAAAAGUUCUUUCUUUGAGGUUUAUUAACAACUCUCAGUACAACAUCGUCUGUACUGUCAGCAGCAGUUACUGUGACUUGGACACCUGGACAAAUAUUGAUGCACUGAAGCUGUACUGUAUUCUGCUUCUACCACUAACUGCAUGCUCACAAGAUUUAGGAGGAGGU